AAAAAGUAAGUUCGAUCCCAGUUCCGAGACUACAGCGCCUCCUCGACUACGUGUUUUCAUUAUCAACACAAAUACGCACAGAUUUCUUUCUAUCGCAAACAUCAGAAGCCUAUGGUUUGAUAAAAAUACACACAAAAUCUUGCUUUUACUUAAAAUAAGGAUAAAUUAGAAAACCUCGUAAGCAAAAUGAAGGAAGGUUUUAAAUUUUUCUGGAAAAUAAUGAAAAACAAAAAAAAUUUACCUCCAGAUUUUGUUUUGCCAGAUCUAUUUUUCGACCAUUCUAUCCUAGUUUCUGUUUUCUUUUAGUUUUGGGUUUCUGAAUCUAUUCUAUUCUGUUCUCCAAGUUUCUUGUUUUUUAUGUUUUUAUACGUAUGGGUUUUGUCUUUGUUUGUGAUUCAUUUUUUUUCGAUUUUUCUUCUGUAUCUUUCUGCUAUUUGUAGUUGCAUUUCUUUGAUUUGAGAAGGGUUUAUUUGCCCUUUACUUUAAAAAAAAAUAAAUCCUGUGGUUCUGUAUGAGAUGGGGAGUACUGGAGAGCCCAUUAACAAGGGCAUUGAUGCGUCGGUGGGUGGAUUGGUUUGGGUCCGGAGGCGAAACGGGUCUUGGUGGCCGGGCCGGAUUCUCAGCCCCGACGAGUUGCCGGAGAGCUCCCUGCUUUCGCCGAGAUCAGGGACCCCUGUAAAGCUCCUUGGAAGAGAAGAUGCAAGUGUGGAUUGGUAUAAUCUUGAGAAGUCAAAACGAGUGAAAGCUUUUCGAUGUGGUGAAUAUGAUGAAUGCAUUGAAAAAGCUAAAGCUACUGCAUCUAACUCCUCUAAGAAGGCAGUGAAAUAUGCUCGCAGAGAAGAUGCCAUUCUUCAUGCGCUUGAGCUUGAAAGUGCUCGUCUUGGAAAAAACCAUUCUGAUUUCAUGUCAGGAAGGGAUCAACAAGGUGGGGAGGAUCGUGUUGUUGAUCAAUCACCUACUUCAUUCAAUCCUAGCGAAGAAACGGAUGUUAUUGAUGAAGAUUUAAGUUGUUCUGGAGAUGAUUCAGAUUCAGCACAGGAAUUAUCGCAGUCUGGGGUAUCAUUUGAAAACCUGAGCUAUUUAGACGCAAAUUAGGAUCAAUCUAGACGACGACGAACCCCAAAUGAUUCGGAGGAUGAUGGGACUGAAGGAAUAAAGAGAAUGAGAGGACUUGAGGAUUUUGGAAUGGGGGUCAUGUCAUCAUUGAAGCGGAAGCGAUCGCAGACGUCUCAUGUUCACGAGUUCUUGAAAAAGAAAAAUCGUCAUCGUACUUUAUCAAAGGUUUUGGAGAAUACGACGAUGGUGUCUGUUCCUAUUGUGUCUGAACAACUUGCGAGUCCUACGGGAUCGUCUCUUCCAGGAGCAUCAGACGGUAAGGUUUCUGAAUUGGAGUCAAAUGAAUCAAAGAAAAAUAAUUCAAUGGCAAUUAAUAAAAACUCAGAUAGCACUGGAGUUUCUUGUGAGAAUGGGUCAAUUAAUCCAUCCAGGCAUGAUAGUGAUGGUUCCAUGGUUAAAUCCAAACAGAAGGAAAAUGAAUUUUCCAGUGAGCUGGGGUUGCCUGAAGGCGUUUUAUCUGAAACACUGUUUGAUGUUCCCCUUCUUGUGGAAGAAAAGCACCAUGCAGGCUUAUCCUUGAGCAUUUCCUGUGCAUCUCAAAAGGCAUUGAUGGGUGCUGGAGCACAACCUAGCCAAAGCAGUCUUGUCGAAACUUUAUCUCUUGGGAACGAAGAGCUUAAUGAGUCUGCCUCUACCUCGUCAGGUACUGCUGAUAUUCAUAUAAGCCAGAGGACUGAUCAAGGUUCUUCGGAGUGGCAGUUGAAAGGGAAGAGGAACGCUAGGUCGAGAAAAGUGGAUGUGAACUACGGAUCUGCGACAUGUGUCGCAGGUCAGAAUGUUGAUUUAAACUGUGUUGGAGUAUCCCUCCCGUCAGCUGACUGUGGUUAUAGUUUAAAGUCGAGACCUAUUGCAGAAAUUCAGGUUGAUGAGUUCCCUGGUUGGAGCAGGAAUGUUCCUCACACGCCAUCUGAACUGUCUGUUCCUUUGAGGGUACUCCCAUGUCGGCAGUCUCGUUUUACAGUUAACCCGAAGUACGAUUCAUCAGAAUUUUCUCUAAGACACCAUAAUGCGGGUUCAGUCUUGUACGAUGUUACAUUGGCGGUGAAUGCUAGCUAUCGUCCUCAGCAUGUUCCGUAUAUCUCUCUCAUGAGCAAGUUAAAUGGUCGACCCAUCAUCGGCCAUCCACUUACGAUCGAGGUUUUAGAUGAUGGCUUUUGUGAUCAUCUGAUUAGUGGGUCUGAGUGCUAUAGCAGCAGUUCAGAGUUGAACGGUGAUCAGGGUGCAACAAGAUCGAGUUCAGGCGGGAGGGUUUCAACCAAGCACCUUGCAUUGCAGCCAAGCAUCUCACCCAAAACGCGAAAAUCAAAGAGGAAUGGACUCCUGUCGAAAAAGAUUAAGAAGUUAUCUUCACUAACAUGUUCCCGAAAACAAAGUGAAGUUGAAAAGAAACUGGUCGAAAAACCCCGUGGCCCAGCUGUAGCUUGUGUUCCCUUAAACGUCGUUUUCAGUAGGAUAAAUGCAGCCUUGGGACCAGCAACCCGUCUUGCUUCAACAAGCAAAAUAUGAUGUUCGUUUUCAGGAUCAAAGAGUUGUGCACUUGUGGUAAAUUUAUCUUUUAUGUAGGCAGCCGGGUUUUUCAGCAUUUUAGUUCGAGCUAUGCUCCACUUACCGGCACUGUAAAUUCUUGCUGAAGUUAGAAAUCUUCUGUACAAUAA